AUGGUUACAACCAGAACGCGUACGUAUGCAGCUGUAGCCAGCUCACCUCGGACUCCCAACAGGCGCACACUCCUGGAGGAAGCGGCCGAGCUUGGUGCGGCCUUGGGCUCCAGCCCGAAGGACACCCCAUCAGCAAAUAACACCACGGUGUAUUCAGGUCUCGGUGAGUUACCGAUUGGAUCUCAGCCUGCGGUUGAUCUCGAAGCUUUUAGACCCCCAGCUCCUCCUCGAUUCUCACCCGAGCACAUGGAGGAAGCCACGCACCUCGAGUUAGGAGGGUUGCGCAGGUCUGGAGGGCGGGUUAUUGCGCCGACAGUGCCGGUAGCCCCGACGCUCGAGCGGUCGAGCUCUUCGGAGGUCGCACACAGUCUCGCGUCAACGGAAUCGUCUGGCUUGUCCAGCGUUUCGAGCGUCUCAUCGGAGCCGGAAGCUUCGGAUGAGGAUCGGGGCACUCAAAUCCCCGAUCUGAUUCCAGCUGACCACCCGAUUGAGGUUAAUUCCCCGGCUGUAAUGCCGAUGGGUCCAAGCUCGAGUGACCACUCGCUUGAAGACCGUGCAUCCCACGCCUCAGAUCAUAGCGCGCACGAGGACAUCAGGGAAAACCCCCCGGGAUGA